AUGACAGUUGAUAAAAGUAAAUUACAAUUUCCUACAAUCAGCGAUUUUCAUUUUAUUAAAAUAAUUAGUCGUGGUGGAUAUGGGCGGGUCUAUCUUGCUACGAAAAAAAAUGAUGAGAAUAAAACAAAAUACGCUGUCAAAGUUAUUAAUAAACAUGAUAUUAGAAAAAAAAAUCUAAUCAAUCAAAUUCUUAAUGAGAGAGAUGCACUGGCAACGAUGCACAGUCCAUUUGUUGUACGACUAUUUUAUUCAUUGCAAACAAAAGAUGAAAUUUAUCUAGUUAUGGAAUAUAUGAUUGGUGGGGAUCUCAUGUCACUGUUGUGUGUACGUGGUUGUUUAGAAAUACACGAAGCAAGGUUUUAUUGUGCCGAAAUGGCUCUUGCACUCGAUUAUUUACAUAAACGUGGCGUUAUUCAUAGAGAUAUUAAACCUGAUAAUGUACUUAUAACCGCUUCGGGGCAUGUGAAAUUGACAGAUUUUGGUUUAUCGGAAAUACGAAAUCGUCGAAAAGUUUCAGUUGCUGAUGUUAUUGGUACACCGUCACUCUGUCAAGUACGAGUAUUUCGAACACCUGGUCAAAUUAUAUCGUUAACAUCCGACUUCAGUUUUUCUCCAAAUGGUUCAAGUUCUGAAAUAUUACAAACAUCAACGUCAUAUUGUACAAGUACUAAUGGUAUCGAAAUCAAUAAUUCUCGUAACAACAACAGCAGUGUUUAUGAUCACAGUUUACGUAUAUAUCAUGGUCAUACACAAAUACCCUCGUGUAUACCAGAACAUAUUAAUGAUGUUAAUGAUUCUGAAAUGCUUCUUGAUGAUGAACAGCAACAACAACAAUCUCCCUUUCUAUUUAAUAGUCCAUCAUUUGCAGCAGAUACAAAACAACGGUUGUAUCCAAAAACAAUCGCACGUCUUCUUGCAUCAUCACCGGCACAUCAUCACCAUCAACGAAUCUUUCAAACAACUACAAAAGAAAUACUACACAAAUCACCUUGUGUAUCACCUAUUCGAUAUCCUAUGGAUGGUUCAUUUAUUCAACACCAACAACAAAAUACAUCAUUAAUUCUAUCUGUACGAUCACCACCAUCAGUUACUGAGGAAAAUAAAUUGACAAAAAAAAUAGUGAAAGAAACAAUUCAUGAAGAACUUCAAAUUGAGAAUGAACCAAUAUUACAACAUAAUCAUAACGAUGUUGAAGCUGCUAGAACGCGUAAUUUUUCUGUAUCAGAAAUGGUUUCUAAAAUUGAAUUGAAUGAUAGUGUGAAUACCAAUAACGUGUCAUCAUUGACGUUCAAUGAUUAUCUGGAUGAUGACCAACCGUGCGUAGUUCGACGUCUUAUGUCGAAUGAUCAUUUAUCGGGCGGUUCGAGUAUUACCGGCAUUCAUCCUCAACAUCGACCAUCGCCAUAUCUAUUUCGUGAACGUAGUCCAAAUGUCAGUUCAGAUAAUACAGAUUAUAUUCAAAUAACGGAAACAGUGAAAAAGUUAACUACAAAACGUUCUCGUCAAUCAUUACAAUCUGAACAACAAGAAAAUAAACGAACUAAAAUAAAUGAAAUAAAUAAAUAUCACACAUCUUUCAUUAUACCAUUGCAUGCAACAACACCCGUUAAACAACUAACAUCUCAUUCGUGGAAUGGACAUUCGGUUAUUACUGACGAUAAUGAAACAAAACGUCAUAAUCAUCCUACAAAUGCACAUACAGUCGAUGAUUGUCAUGCAAAAUCUAUUUAUAUGUCUCAAAAUACAUCUACUGCAAUACCAUUUGCGGAUUUAAUCACUACUACCACAACUCAUCAUUCAAUGAGAAGUAGUUAUUAUAAAUCUCCAUCAAAUUUGCAGCAGACAAAUAGUGGUGGUGGACCAAUACUUGGUACACCCGAUUAUCUAAGUCCUGAAAUCUUGUUGCACAAUGAAAAUCAUACUGCAGCGGUGGAUUUUUGGUCGCUAGGCGUUUGUUUUUAUCAAUUUUUAUUUGGAAUUACACCAUUUUACGAUGAUUGCCCACGUGCUAUUAUAUCAAAUAUUUUAAAUUAUCGUUUAAUGUGGCCAGAGAAUGACGAUGAACAAAUACCAGAGGAAGCGAUGAAUGUUAUCAAAGGUUUAUUGAGUUUUGAUCCAGCAACACGUUUAGAAUUAGAAGAUUUGAAAAAAGAACAAUUUUUCAAUAAUAUUGAUUGGGAUCAUUUAGCAAUGUCACCUGCACCAUUUAUACCAACUCCAGAUAACGAUUCAGAUACGUUUUAUUUUAAUGGUCAGUCAUUCGUAGUUGAUGUUGGAAUUUUGCGAGGUGAAACAUCUCUUGGACAAGCAGAAGAAGGUACAAAAGUUACAUUACAAUGCGUACCUAGUCUAGAUCUAGCUCAUUUUUCAACAUUCAAAUGGACAUUUGUACCUAGCAGUGGUGGGUGA